AUGGAGCCAAAGGUUUCCAUGUCUUUCUUUAAGGAAUUUUCUUCUCUGAGGACCCGUUCAAGUGUUAGCCAAGGUUGUAGAGAUCACAUUCGUGAUAUGUAUAAGAUUAAGCAUAUGGAAAAUAUAGUUCUGGGCCAAGAGAUCAUUUUGUGGUUUAAUAAAAAUAAGGUGUUGCACUUAGAGAAUCGUAUUCUGCAUGAUGAGUUCAAGAAGAUAUCUGAUCUGAUUAAACCGUUUGUGGUUUUGUCUGGAGAAGUUGCUCAUAACAUGCAAUUGUUUCGUGAUCAACAUGAAGCUUGUGGAAAAAGUUUUUGA